AAUUCAAUUGUAACAUGAAAAAAUUAUAUUAAAAAAGAGUAUUUCAAUUAAUCAACUUUUAUCAUGUGAACAUAAAGAAAAUCAAUUAUUAAUACUUCAAUAACCUAAAGUAAUUUAACAUCAAACGUGUAUAUAUACAUUUUUUUUCUUCUUCCAUAUAUAUUUUAAACUUUUGAAUCAAUGAAGAUCAUAAUAUCGAAAUCCAAAAAUAAUUUCAAAUUAAACACAUCGUCAAUUCAUUUAGAUAUAAUCUAAAUGCAUAAAGAUUUAAAGAACUAAAAAGAAUAAAAAAAUAUUUUCAGGAAAGGCAGGAACCUAUCUCUUAACGAAACUCCAUUCCUCCCACUACCAAGCACGGUACAUAACGAGGGAGAGGAAUCACCUUUAAAUAGGAGGAGGUGAGCCCUCCCCAAUAGGUAAGAAAUAUAUUUUUUUCAUAAUUAAUUUAUUUUUAUUUUUUUAAUAUACUUAUUAAAAUAUCUCACACAAAUAUGAAAUAUGAAAUAUUCAUUUCCUAAGAUCUGACAAUAAAUUUGAAAAUCAACUAAUUAGAUCAUGAUUAGGGAAAAAAAGUUGUUAAUUACAACUUUGUGGCUUCCCUUUUACACUAUUGGGGUUGAUUAAUGGACUAUUAUUUUCUUAUUGGGUGUAAUCCUCUUUGUGUAUUCUUAAUUUGGUUAUCUUUUAAAAGACAGUUUAUUUUUUUGUUUCUAGCUUUUUUUUUCCAUUCUCUUACAUGAACUCGAUUUGGGAAUGUGGCAGAGUCUUAGAGCUUACAAUAAAAUCAGAAGCAUAUUAAUUAGAUAGGGUAUUGGAUGAGCUGAUGAUAUCUACCUUAUUAUCACUGGUUCAUAAUUUUUUUUUAGUGCAGUAAGCCACCCUUCCAUAGACCGAUAUGGAUAGAGCAAAUUAGUAAUGUAUUUCAUUUUGAGAAUAUGUUGGACCUUGGCUCUCAUUUGAGGAAAGAUUUGUGCAUUUUGAUGGAUGUCAAAUAAAUAUUCCUGUAACUUUUACCUUUUGAUCCUUUUUUUCUCUAAAACUCAAAAUCCUUUGUAAUGUCUUGAAAUCUUGCUAAGCAUUUGUUGGGAGUUCUGUACAGUCCUUUCUUUUUGGUUUUCAUGAAAUGGAAGAAGGGAUGAGUAUAUUGAAAGUUUUUUUCUUUUUCUAUUGUGGAGAUAGCGAGGGAUAACAUUCAGAAAUAGUUGGCACUUACUGCUUUGUUGUUGUUUUACUAUUGUGGAGAUAGAGAAAAUGAGGUGCACAUAAUGUAUUAUCCUUUUCUUACUGAAUCUAGAACUUAUGGUGAUAAUAGGUACUUUGUCUAGCUCUUAAAUAGAUCAUCAUUGUUGAUGCUUAUAUCAACAUUGUGCUUCUAUUUUGUGGAAUAUACAGAAAUGAAGUUUGACAUAAUAUAUAAAGAUGAAGACUUGUGUCGCUGGGAUGAACCGGAUUACCAUUAUCAUAAGUUUAAUUUUAUUUAUUUUUUCCAUAUGCUGACUAGGUACGGCUAUGUUUUGACAUAUUUAGUUUAAUAUGUAAUAAUGCCUAUGAAAUGUUGUGACAUCUCCAUUGAGAUUGAGGAAAAAUCUAAAACAAAAACAAUUUACUUAAGAUACUACAUGUGAUUCCAUACAAGGUGGUUUCUUUACCCUACUACUGGAACAAGUGAAAGAAAACAAGACAGAGCUUGCUUUUUGUGUGAGUUGCAUGUCGGCCUCUAAAUAUCAUUGAUAUUAGCUUCUUUCAGCUUGAACUGAUAAGAAAGGCAGAAGUGUAUUUGCUUGUCCUCAGUUUGCGACGACCAAGAGUUCAUGUCUGAUCUUGAUGUCCAUUUUCCCACUGCUUUUGGCCCAUUUGCUGAGGCAAAUGUUGACGACUCUGGGGCUGGUGCAAAGGAGUAUGUGCGUGUUUGUAUACAACAGAAGAACGGUAGGAAGUCUAACCACUGUAAAAGGAGUUCAGCUAUAACAAGAUCUUGAUGGACUUGAAGGAGUUCUGGUACAAUGGUAUUGUUAUCUAAGAUCCAGAACUAAGCCAGGUUAUUUAACUCAAGGUGGUUAGAGAAUAAAUGUUUUGAAUUUCCUAGUUCAGAAGUCAACAUCCUGUGGACAGCAACCAAAUGAGAUGUAUAUUUCUGGGUACAAUGUAUCAGUGGAUGCUCCUGAUAAUAUUGCUCAUCUGAAGGUAAGUGGAUACCACGCAUCAUUUGAUUAAGUGUUGGAGGAGACACAAAACUCCCUAUGUGGAUUGAUCCCUUUUUCUUCUUUAUUACUCAUUCUUAUUUUGAAGGUACUAUAAAAAUUAUCAUGUGUACAUACACAACUAUAUCCAUGUUCUUUGCUUUUCUGACUAUGAUAUGUUAUCCAGUUAGGGUGAAUGACGAUGAUGUGUCAUUUAUGUGAAUGUUUAAAUAUUGUUGUUGACAAUGUGUCGAGUCCUAGUGUCAUUUUGGUGUCGGCGUAUUAAUUGCUAGUCAUAUGUACCUUACAAGCCAAUCACGUGAGUGAUGGUACGUGUGAUAUGAUACGUAUUCUUUUUGCUUAUUAUAUUAUUUGGUAUUUUAUCAUGUAUGUUGUAUAUAUUAUAAUGUCCGUGGAUCUGUGCAAUAUGAAUCAAAUCGUGUUGAGAUCACGAUAAUGAGAUCGAUUCGCCUUUAAACACAGACCCUAAAUAAUCCUAGUCAUAGAUCACUUGAAAGGGGCAUCGAGAUGACCGAAUAGAUUGGUGUGUUGUACACUCGUCUAUAUGAUGGAGGCGGUUGGUCUUAUAGCUGCUCGUGUGGAGACACUAUGGAUACAGUGUAGGUGCUCAUUGAAGAAUAAGUUCACUGAUUGAUUCAUUUACAGAAUGCUGGAUAGUUGAUGAUACCUUAUUGUCAGAUAGCGAUUCUGUCAUGUCAGUAGUCUAUCUGUUCCUUAGACUUAAGACACCAAGGUUGUCCUGUAUGAGUAUUUCACUCUUUGAUAUUAGUCUUAUAUGUCUAGAAGUUCUAUAUCUAGUAUAGUCGAUUAUCAGGAGUGACAGUCAACCUUACGAGGAUUAUUGUGUGUCGAUAGAGGAUCAUCCGCUCUCGGUGUCAUGAGAGGAAUAUCACAUGUGUUUUGCUUAGGCAAAUCCCUGGCCAGGGUUAUUCGGAUUGAGAGAAAAAGUUAUUUGGGAGAAUCCGAUUAGAGCAAGACUCGAGUAGAAACCGUAUGAGCUUAACAGUAUCACGUCCGGUAUAUGGUCUUUGAGAUAUUAGAUGGAUGAAGGAUUAUAUACAUGGUAACUGAGGAUAGACAUGUUCAAUUGAUUAUAUUCCCUUGUAUCAUCUAUGGAGUUUUGAUAUGUAUGACUCACAAUCAGCUCGAUAUUGGGCCUAGAGGGUCACAUACAUAUGGUAUGUGUUACGACGGGUAGAGGUUCAGAUAUGAGAUAUCCGCUAAAGCCUUUUUUUUAUUAAAUAUCCAAUAAGCCCUUGAAUUAUUAAAUCAUAUGGAUGAGAUCCAAUAAGAACCAACGAGAGAUUAUUAGGUAGAGACCUACUAUCCAAUACCCAAUAAGAGGCUUUGGUAGUUGGAUGGAAAUCCAAUACCCAAUAUGGCAAGAUCUAUUAGGGUUAAAUUGAUAGAGACCUCUAUAAAUAUGAGGGAAUCAAAUGGUCAUGGGUUAGGCUUUUUUAGCUGAUCUUCUAUUCUCCUCUUCUCCUCCUCAAUCUACAGCCCCUAUUUGGAAUAGAAGGGGCAACCCCUUUUUGAUUGUAUGGUAUACACGAGGAAGAGAUUUGGACAGUGAUUUAAGGGGCGUCUUCAUAGCCCCUACUGUGUGGAUCACCACUAGAGAGGAGGACAAUUAACCUCAUUCAUCAUUUUCCACAGAUUUGUAGGUUUUUAAGAAUAUACAAUCUCUCUAGGUAACACAUCUUUCUUAUACGUGUAGUUUUCGGUUUCACGGGUUUUUCCAUAUCAAUUUUUGUACCACGAUGAAACCUUAUUUUUUGUGGGAAAUUCUAGGAUUUUUAUUUUUUGUUCUUCCGCUGUGCAUAUCAAUUUUCGUCCUAAGAUUUUCCUACAUUAAUAGACUAAGAUUUUCCUACCUAAUUAGACUUUGUUUAUUUCUUUCUAAAUGAUAUUCACUGACCAUAAAUAAUUCGAAAGUGAUGUGCUUUCUUGAUCCUUUGAUUUGAUUGUUAUAAAUAUUUUGUUGGAUGAACAUUAUGUUGUAAAGUUGAGUUUGGAUUUGGUGUAGGAUUUAUUUUGUUUUCAUUACAUUAAAUUAUGAAUGUAAAUUGAUUAAAAUAUAUAUGCUUCUUUUUUCAAGUGAGGUAUUUUUUUAGAUGACAAUUUAAAGUUUCUCUUUGCAUACAUAUAACUAACUAUAUGUCAUUAAUAUUACAAAUAUUUUCAUAAUUUGUUCAUAUCAUGAUGGUGGGUCAGAGAUGAUAAUGUAUUUGUUAAUCUAGAUCUUCCAUCCUCGAGUGCAAUGAUCCUAAUGUCAUGGAUUUUGAUCAUGGAAUUUCCAUAAGACUAGGAAUCAGGGAAGCUACUAAACUGUGAUCUGAUGAACACCAUGGAUUUUGAUCAUUUAUGAGAUUAUGUAUUGGAGAUGUGACUUCAUUUUGAUCUCCAUUCCCUAAGACUAGAAUGGAAGUGCUUCAGCAGCAGAGGGUUAGGGUUCUUGCAUUGUCCAAAAUAAGACGAGCAAAUAGAGUUUCCUACAACAGUUUAGAGAAAUUACUGCUUUCCUUUUCUUUUCUCCUAAGUUGCACAAGAUAUGAGCAAGAAUACAUAGGACCAAGUCAACCAUGGAUCCAAGCCUUUGUUGACUUGCAGAAAAAAUUCACAUCAAUGGGAGCCAGCCAAGCAGUUGACCUAAAUUUCAUUAUCAGCAUAAAUUAGCAGCUAUUCCAGUUGUUCAACAGCAACAGAAGCAAUUUUUCUAUUAUGAGUUUUUUUUUUGAGAGAAUAUAUGAUUUUUAUUUCUUGUUAUUUCAUAAUAAUGGAAUAGAUAUAUGUUACCUUCUUUGUUAGUUGAAUCCCACUUAUUCGAUAUGGAUGCCAGCAAAUUGAUCUACUGCUGUUGAUGUGCAUAGCUGCAUCAUAUGGUUUUUAUACACUUAUGAGAUAACUAAAUGCAAUGAAUUCAUACAUAUUAUACUCUUUGAUAUGGAAUGCAGAAAAUUUAAGGCCUUGGUUGGGUGUUUAACAUGCCAACUUAACCUCAAUGUGUAAUAUGUUUAUUCAUCCAGUUGUAUAGUCCAGAAAACAAUUCAAACAAGAACAUUGAAAAGAUGUUUUUUUCCCUUUUUUUUGUUUUUCUCACUUUAGCAUUAGCAAAUCCAAUGCAAACUAAUGGCAUGAUUAGUGGAGACUAAAAAGAAAGAAAGAAAAUGAUGAAUUCUUUAAGAGAUCCAUCAUUGGGAUGUUCUCAUAUGGUGGGCAACAAAUGAGAGCUUAUACUAUUGGUAUGAUACCUAGAUCUUAGGAAGUUCUUCUUAAUUAACCCAUAACUCAACUGAUCAAUUAAUUAAAAUGGUUCAUCUCAUAAGAUGAAGUUGCUAAUGGGGGUUCUUUGAACUUGUUAAAAGAAUUCAACUCAUGGGAGAAGAAAAGAAAGAAAUAGUGAAGAAGAUUGUUUUGGUUUCAUGGGCAGCGGAAAUGGUGUUGGGGGAGAGCUAGUUGGAGCUGGAGCUUAAUAGACAAGUGAUGUCAUGAUACCCAUUACUUGCAACUUGGUAAUCACCAGAGAAUUCCUUGGUUGUAUAAAGCUAUGGAUUGACAAAGCAAUUUUUCCUUUAUUUUUUUUGUCUCUGACAAAUAAUACAAUUAAUGAUAGUGUUGUUGUUGUCUUCUUAAUUAGAUGGUGAUAAAUUAGCAUUAAACAUAUACAUGCUAGCACCUUGUUUUAAGGUCUCAUGGAGGUAGUUCGAGAGGAUCCUAUCUUGUAGACUUGAUCAAUUUAGUCAAAAACUUUCCAUCAGUUUAGGUCUCGCAUUGCAAGGAAAACAAUGGAUUUUGUAGGCCAUUAUGGACAAUGGAAGACAAUUGAUGUAUCUAAUUUAAGCUUUCAAUUAAUACUAGUUUGAAGACAGCUAAGGGUUUCUCAUCCUUUGAGAUUGCCCACCAUCUGCCAAACCUAUGUCCCGUCCUUUUAAUCUACCUUAUCUGACCUUUGUGCAACAGCUCUCUCUCUCUCUCUCUCUCUCUCUUCAAUAUACAAAAUCGACUACCUUUGUCUUUGGGGGAUCUUGUGUAGUUUUAGUACUUACAUGGGCUGUGUUCUUGUGAGUUUUUAGCAACACUAGAGAUGAAGUGGGUGGGGAUGGAGCUGUUGAUCUAGAUGAAGUUCUCCACCGAAUCCCAUUUCAGUUUAAGUCCAAGGAAGACUGUGAACAUCUUUGAGGACUUGCUGAGAUUGAAAGCCUCCUUCCAUGGCUUGCAAGAUGAAAGGGCUCCUCAAGGGAAUAAAAUACAUCACCCACAUCUUUGUGCACAAGGAGCAGGAGAUGGAGAUUGGGUACCCGACAGAUGUGAAGCAUGUUGCUCAUAUUGGUUUUGACAAUCCAUUUUGGAUGGAUGAGUUCAAGUCAGCAUCUGAUUUCUCAGGCUCCCUCAGCAAUUAUGAGUCUGCACAUAGCUCUUGGGUUUCUCAAGAUUUUGAUCGACCAAGGGAGCUUCAAACAGCUUCUGCCAUGUUCAUGGAUCACCGUCUGCCUCGCAUACCAAAAGCCCCCCGGUCGAAGACCAAGCAGAAGAAGAAGAAGAACAAGGUGGCAUCUCCCACAUCGUCGGCACGAUCGUCGAGGUCGUCGACGUCGAGACCUUCGUACUUCACUGCGAUCGAGGAUGGUGGUGAAAUAACAGGGUCUCAGGAGUGUUCUACAUAUCGAUCUUAAUUUUAUUUUGCCUGAACAACACUCGAUUCUAUAGCUAUAGAUUCAGUUGAAGAACACAAAAUGAUUUGGUCGGUGUACAGUAUUUUACUAGAUUGGGAUGAAGCAUGAUUCUUUGAUUUGUUUA